UUCAUUCUCGUCUGCUGCUCGCUGGCGGCCGCAGCGGUAUGGCUGCCCGGCUGGCUGAGAGGGCAUCAUUCCCUGUGGAUAUAUUGGUUAACUCCAGUCAUGAAGACUUGAAGAACUCAGCAGAAAAGUACUUGUGUAACCUGCGGUCUGCAAGCCCAAACUGUCCUGAAUUCUUGUCGCUGCCAGCCCAUGGCAAAGUUCCUAUUAAGUUGUCAGCUGUGGGCUUUGUUCCUCUUUAUGGUGAAGAGCAGACACACAAGGUUCUUGCUUUGUUUUCACCACGGGACUCAAUCACAGCUGUGGCCCUGUAUCUUGCUGACAAGUGGUGGUCAAUUGAUGACAUUGUGAGAACAUCUGUCUCUGCUAGACAGGGGCUUCAUCAGGUUAAGUCUGUUGGAGAGAGGAUUGUUCUCUAUGUUUUGAAUAGAAUUAUCUAUCGGACGCAAGAAAUGGAAAGAAAUGAGAUCCCAUUUCUCUGUCAUCGUAGCAAUGAAUAUGCUAAGAUCAUGUGGAAAGGAGGAGAGGCUAUUGGGUUCUACUCUGUUAAACCUACAGGAAGUAUUUGUAGCUCUCAUUGUGGUAAGGAUUAUAAGCUGCCAGUGCUAGACACAGCAUUUGUAAGACCUAGACAUCGUGAGAGAGAUUCUGGGCUAAUGAUUUUGGAAGACUUUGUGAAUUCCUUCACUGAAAAAUGUCUUGGCCUACGAUACCCGCUGUCAUCCUUCAUGUACACAGCUUGUAAGCAGUAUCUUGAGAAGUACCCUUCGGAUGAAAGCCUUCUUUAUGAAGUGAAUGGACCAGGAUAUUGGUUCCAGAGAACAUGUGUUGCAACUAUAGUGCAAAGGGAAAGGCUCCGAUUUGCAGCAGAGGCUUCACAGAUAGAAAAGAGCUGCCAAGCAAAGUUUCGUUUUCUGGAGUCUGCAGCAGUGUCUGAAGCAGGUGGACAGAAUACUGAGCUACAAACACAGUUAAGUGCUGAAUUUCAAAAAGGUAAAGAAUCAACAGAUGUCCAUGCAAGCACAUCAGAAGACCCUAGCACAGCUCCUGGUUCCAUUCGAACACGAACCAGUCAUUUAAAACGUCCCAAGAUAGGAAAGACAAGACAGGAAUCUGGAACUUCCCAAGGAAACGAGGAAAAUGCUUUUGUGUCAGAAAGCAGGCUGGAACCUCCUGCCCACACAUCUGAAAGCUCUGAAGGUUUAGUAGAAGUGUCUGAGGAGAAUACUGUUGAGAAGAAUGAGGAAAAGACUGAUGAAAAUGAGGGCCAGUCUUUAUCAGAAGCAGAACUACAUUUAUCAAACCCUGAGAAGCGGAGUGAGGAGGAGGAAACUCUAUCAGAGCCUCUAAAUGGUGAAAUAACGGAAGAAACUUGUAAGACUUUUACUGUGAUUGAAGAGGAAACAGCAAAUGAAGUUCGAAGUAGUGAAUCAAAAUUGCAGUCCGAGAGUCAAGAAGAACCCUUAAUGCUGUUUGUUCCGUUAAUGCUUGAGUCUGCAGCAAAACCCUCAGAAGACACUAUAUCAGAGAAGGGAGCAACUGUGGGUGAUUCAGAAAUGCUGACUGAAGAAAGCACAUUGAAAGAGGACACUGAAGAACAGCAAGAACCUGAAAAGGCUGCCACUGAAAAUGCAGCUGCUUCAGCAUCAAAGGAAGAGCCCCCUGACAGUGGCCUGCCCAACUCCAUGGUAAUUGAAGCAGUAGAAGAGUCUGUUUCUGAAAAUGUCUCUCCCAAAACAGCUUCCUCAUUGGAAGAUCAAAAUGAGGAAGCAGGGCACAACUCACAGGAGGCCCCUGUUGCCCUGAGUCAGAGUUCUUUGAUAAUGGUUGAACUUGAUGGGGUUUCUUUUCAGCAGCCUUCUGGACAGGAAGCACAGAAGACCCAGCUGGAAGAGCAGUCAGAAGAGACUGCUGAGCAGACGGAUCAGUACAUGCAGACAGGAGCAGAGCGGGCUGCUGACAGCAGCUCUGAGGAAGCAGAAAUUGAGGUACCUGUUGUAGAUCGGAGAAGCUUGCGAAGAAAGGUGAAAAGCUACAAAGGUCCGCCCAAGAAAAAAGGAAAGCCACUUUAGAAACGAAAUACUGGUUGUCAUCUAUUUAUAAGAAAGUUGUUGUUUUGUGUAAAA